UGUUGAUCACAAGAGUAAUGGUCAACGAUGCAGUCGACGUCAAGGGCAAGCGCUUGAGUAGAAACGCCAGUCGUUUGUUGAUCAGCACUACAGCCACGGCCAUUCUAGCUCUGAUCGUACCAGCUUACUUUCUCCUCCGCAGCAAUACCGGACACGCUUACCAACGUCUAACCGGACGUCUCUAUUAUCGAGUGCUGAGUUCAUCAUUUCAUGGAGCUCCCGACAUGAAACAGAACGGGAGCCCUAGUACAGCGCAUGCUCAGACGAUGCUAUGGCAAGAGGUCGGUUGUCAGAGUGCGAUGCCUAUCCUACUUUGUCAGAGAAUUCCUAACUCGGCUCUAGAAAUCGCUCUCGUCAACAAGACGGUAUUUUCAAAUACGAGACAUCUCGCGCGGAGAUCGAAAUCGUGUGCUCUAGUCGGCUCAUCCGGGAAACUCCUGAGUCAAAGAAACGGUGAGAGUAUAGACCGACAUGACGUUGUCAUACGGGUAAACGACGCUCCCAUUCAUCCUUACGAGAAAUACGUUGGGAGACGCAUGCCAGACGUUGCGAUUAUCAAUCGAGCCAUUGCAAGUAAAAGAAAGUGUCUCAGGAAUGUAAAUCGUGAGACUCUGUUGGUUCAGAGUCAUCAUCCGGGAGGUAUCAGCACGAUUGGACGAUUCUGUUACACACAAGGUCCCAUAUUUGCAUUGUCGCAGCAUAUUAUCGACACUACUCGAUCUAUUCUCAGUACAUACAGGAUGAAACAUGGUUUGAAGAGGUACAGAAGUCCGUCAGCCGGAAUGUAUGCUGUUGUCUUUGCUUUGCAUUUGUGCAGUGAGCUUGAUGUCUACGGAUUUGGUGCUGUGCAGGGACAGUUGUAUUCAUACUAUCGAGAUCAUAAUUCUCCCAGUAAUAUGCACGUUUUCGACAUGGAGGAAUAUUUCCUUAGAGAUGUUUCGCGUGAUUUGACAACACCAGUUAACCUGUCGUGGACUGGCUGCACAAAGUCUGGCAAGAGAGGUAGUUUUGCUUACCAGGCCUGAAUCCAGAUGGGGGUUCAGGAGGUUACAACCCCCUCUUUUCCAAUAGGCGUGGUUCACCAUGAAAGAAUCGAAGCAGAGUCUCACACCCAGACGUCUAUAUAUAUAUAAUGGGCUCUAGAACAUUCUAGACUGACUAUCUCAAGACUACGCACACUAAGACC